AUGUCCGACGACGAGGCUGAUCCCGAACUCCUGGCCCUGUUGGCCCAGUCUCUGGGUCUAGGAUCUAGGCCUGAGGCGCCUCCAUCCACCGGUGUGCUGAAAUCAGCUGAAUACGUCUACGACAAUGCGCUGGACGUGUCAAUAUCGAGCCAAGGCUCCAAAGCCGCUGCAGAACUGCUGUAUCACCAGCUGCGGCGGCGGCAGUAUUCCACGCGUGAGUGGGCCAAGCAUGAACUGCAUCCCAAACCCUCUGGUGGAGAGGCGACCGUCAACUUCAUCUUCAUCAUGAACUUGCUGAACUUCUCUUUCUGGUCCGAGCUGCCGGAAGGCGAGCGGUUCGCCGUUGACUACAACGGAAAGCGUUGGACAGGGUAUUGGUCACUCGUGGCAGCCCUGCAACGCGCUCUCGAUGAAGGCCAUCCCAUAACCACCCCAUCCUUCUGGUCGACCUGCUCCGAAGACACCAUUUCCCAAAUAUUCCGCUCCACCACCGCCGAACCCAUUCCCCUUCUCAACGAGCGCAUCACCCUCCUCCGUACCGCCUCCACCGUCCUCUCCGACCCGACCACCUCCCCUCUCGCCCUCAUCGACCAAGCCAAUCACUCCGCCGCCCGCCUCGUCAAUCUUCUCACCACGCAUCUCCCCUCCUGCUUCGCCGACACGACUACGUACCGUGGACGCACUGUACACCUACACAAGCGCGCACAGAUCCUUGUCGCCGACCUGUGGGCCUGUUUCAACGGCAGCGGCCUCGGCGCAUUCGACGACAUUGACACCGCACUCACGAUGUUUGCCGAUUACCGUGUGCCGCAGAUGCUGCAACGGCUAGGCGUCCUCUGGUACAGUCCGCGUCUGGAGGGCAAGGUGAGGAGGGGUGAGAUGUUGGAGGCGGGGAGCGAGCUGGAGGUGGAAGUGCGGGCAUGCAGCGUCUGGGCGGUGGAGCUGUUGAGGAGGGAGAUGGAGAGACGGGGUUGUGGGGAGUGGGAGGUCGAGGUCGAGGAUCAUGAUGAAGAUAAAGAACAUGUGGGAAGUGCGUCAGCGAGCGUAGACGAAAGCAGAGCGUCUGAGCCCCACGAGGGACAGGCCGGUGACCUCCAGGCCACAACUGAGGCCACCACCGGGGAACAGGCGGCAGUCACGGAUGAAACAGUCGAUCAUAGCGCCAACAGUGGCACCGAGGACAUCAGAAGGGCAAACCCGCCACAAACAAGCAACGCCACAGCACCGCCGCCACCUGCAGCUGAGCCGAGAAACGAAGCAGUCGACCCAUCGGCCGCGCCGGCCUCGUUCCAGCAAGCCCAACCAGAGCAGCAGAAAGCCAAGCCAGCCAAAAAGAUACAGGUCAAGCUCAACGCCGUCCUGCUCGACUACCUUCUAUACGACACCGCGAAGGAGCAAGAGAAGCUGAUGCUGGAAGAGACUGAUGCGGGCGGUGAGCGCGAGCACGGUCCCGACGGUCCAAAUGUACUGCCGCAUCAUCGUACACGAAGUAUCUGGUAUUGA